GACACGUCCGGUCGGGCAAGAACAAAACGCACUCUCUUCUCCCUAAACAAACUACUGUCUAUAGAAUUUCCUCAAUGCAUGUGUGCGUGUGUGUGCGUGCGUGCGUGUGCGUGUGUGUUUGUGAUCGCGUUGGGCGGGAAGGCUGGGCGUGUCGAAGCAUCUAUCUAUGAAAGCCAUGUGCGAGAUCCCGGAGAGCCAAAAGAAGCAGCUUUACGCACGGCAACCCUCGGAGUUUACGACCAGAACACAUUAUCUGUUAAGAGAGAACAUGCUGCUGCUGAGGACUGUCGCGCCCUGGAUGCUGCUGGUCUUCCUCGGGCAGCAGGUCUCUCUGUCCUGCGGCACGCGCUAUACGAAGGGAGUGCAGAUGAGUGGGUACAUGCCCGCCGCGAGCGGCCGGGGAAAGUUCCUCGCCACGGACAAGAUGCUCUGCUCGUGGGGGACGGAAGACGUCGGGGACACCGUCAGGCUCUCAGUGAGAUGCAAGGACCAGAAGACGCGCGUCAAAGGCGCAGUCGCCGAUCUGGAAUGCCAAUACAACGCCAAACCGCAGAGCUGCCCGGGCUACAGGUCCGACGCCAGGGGCUUCUGGAAACAGGUGGCCCGCGCGCUCAAAAAGUUGCGGGGCAAGGUGUGCAAGGACGGCCGCGCGCUGGUGAGGGCCGGCAUGUGCAAGCGCGCGCCUCGCGACGCGCACUUCAAGCUGGACGUCCCCAGCCCCGUCGCCUCCGUGGAGGCCGCGGACCAGGAGGAUCGCGAGCCGCUGCCCACUCGCUCCGUCUCCGCCGCACCGACGGCCUGCGGCGCGCGCGCGGACCACUGGGAAACGGCUGAAGAGAAGUGCGGCAGCGCGUGGGCCAGCGUGUGCAACUUCCUCCUGUCCAUCGUGCAAAGGGACGAAUGUUGAGUCUCGGAUCACAGGACGACGCGCAGGAUCGUUCACAGACUCGUCCACGUGGGGAUAUUAGCGGGCAUUUUUUUAAGUAUCUCUUUUUUGGAAAGUAACUUUAAUGCUGAGCAGCUUGUUCUUAACUCCUUUUUGUUUGCUCAAGUUGAAUAAAUACACGAUAAAUACAACAUAUAACAUGCCAUUACAGUUACUUUUAAGAUUUCAAUUUGUAUAGAUGUUAUUGUUACAGAUUAAAAUUAAUGUUAGACACGCAAUUAAAAAGCUGCUCAAACUUCAAUGCGCUAAUAAUGAUGAUAUACGUUUUGUUUUUAUAUAGAUUAUUUUAUUGCUUGAAGUAAAAUCUGCUGAUGAAUCUGUUUCUUACUUUCGAAUAUUUUUUGGGCCUUUUUGACUAUUCAACGACUUUCUUCAACGCACAAACAUGCACCAACCGCAGAGCAUUGCUGACCUGAUUUCAAAGUUUUGACUGCUGGAUCCUGAGAAAAUUGCCUUAAUUAUAGUGUAGUGUGUUAAUAGUGUAUUUUUACAAUGUGGUUUUGUUAUAUUCAACGUUUAUAUUAUUAUACUAUUCAACUGGAUUAUUAUAAUAUAGAGUGGUACAUUUCUUCUACCUCUGGUCAACUUUAUCAAUCAACCAUGUAAACAGCUCAAAAUAAAGGUUUUCUAUUCAUACAA